CGAAUCGCCGCGCUUUCUGUAAGCCCCGCCCCUUUUCCCAAACUACGUCAUGGAUGCUGAGGUUAGACAAACAUCUCUUUAUAAACAUGGCUGCAAAGAGGCAAGAUCAACACGUUUUUGCAAUUUUAUCCGACUUACCUCAUGACAUAUCCGAAAAUUAUAUAGAGGGAGAAAUUUCCAUGAAAGCAAGGCAGCAAGGCUUUAAGUAUUAUAGUGAGAAUUAUUUCGAGAGGGUGAAAUUGUAUAAAAGCGACAAGGAGAAUGAAGUCCGAAUUUCCGCAAAAUGUCACCGCUCCCAACGGAAAAAUGACUCUCCGCAUUCUUUAAAUAUAGACGUAUCGCCAGGAUCCUUGGGUUUGGCGCAUUGUUCAUGCACAGCUGGAGCCAGUGGGUCAUGUUCUCACAUUAUUGGCUUGCUGAUGGCUCUUCAGCAUUGGAUUCUGAUGGGUUUUAAAGCAGUCCCUGAUAAUCUAACAUGUACUAGUAUGCCCCAGCAGUGGUCUGUGCCAAGAGGAAGCAAGAUUGAAAAUUCUGCUGCUCCCCAAAUUUGCAUUAUACCCCACCCUGAUAGAAAACAGAAACCUGUAGAAAAUGUUUUGACAGAAUGCAGGAAGAUUUAUGUGAAUGGAGAAGAUGUUGACCAUUUAAAAGCCUUAAAAGGAUUGCCAAUCAGUUACUUGGUGUCAAAUCCCAUGAAGAGGAAAAUGAUCCAUUUGGGUGAAGUUGGAAUAGGAAGUGGUCUAAGCACACAUGUAUGUUUUGUACUAUAAUUCAGAUUACUUCUCUCUAGCUCUCUCUAUUUCUC